CACCACCUCCAUCAAGCUCUCAAGAUAGCCAUGGUAGCUGAUCUGAAAGACGAGCUCGACAUCGUGAUCCCGACUAUCAGGAACCUUGAUUUCUUGGAGCAGUGGAGGCCUUUCUUCCAACCCUACCACCUCAUCAUCGUACAAGACGGCGAUCCCUCCAAUGCUAUUCGAGUUCCCAACGGCUUCGACUACGAGCUCUAUAACCGUGACCAUGUCAACAAGGUCUUAGGUCCUAAGGCUAGCUGCAUUUCUUUCAAGGACUCUGCAUGUCGCUGCUUUGGUUUCUUGGUGUCCAAGAAAAAGUACAUCUUCACCAUUGAUGACGAUUGCUUUGUGGCAAAGGAUCCUAGUGGGAAAGAGAUCAAUGCACUGGCACAGCACAUCCGAAACCUGCUGAAACCAUCAACUCCAUUGUUCUUCAACACACUCUAUGAUCCAUUUGCUGAAGGAGCUGACUUUGUUCGUGGCUACCCAUUUAGCUUGCGAGAAGGCGUGCCUACUGCUAUUUCUCAUGGUCUUUGGCUCAACAUUCCUGACUACGAUGCCCCAACUCAGCUUGUCAAGCCUCGUGAGCGCAACACCAGGUAUGUUGAUGCGGUGAUGACAAUCCCCAAGGGCACCCUUUUCCCAAUGUGUGGGAUGAAUCUGGCUUUUGAUAGGGAGCUGAUAGGCCCAGCUAUGUACUUUGGGCUCAUGGGUGAUGGCCAGCCCAUUGGCAGAUAUGAUGAUAUGUGGGCUGGCUGGUGUGCCAAGGUGAUAUGUGACCAUUUGGGGAUAGGGGUUAAGACAGGACUGCCAUACAUAUGGCAUAGCAAGGCAAGCAACCCAUUUGUGAACCUGAAGAAAGAGUACAAAGGCAUUUACUGGCAGGAAGAUAUUAUCCCAUUUUUCCAGUCCAUUGUUCUCCCGAAGGAGUGCAAAACUGUUCAAGAAUGCUACAUUGUGCUUGCCAAAAGUGUCAAGGAAAAACUUGGCCCAAUUGAUCCUUACUUUCAGAAACUUGGGGAUGCCAUGGUCACUUGGAUUGAAGCCUGGAAUGAGCUUAACCCACCACCACAGACAGCUGCUCAGACUCACCCAAAUGCUGUUAAGAAAAACUAA